AUGAGUAAUAGGGAUACAAGAGGCUCAGGCUCCCAUACGUUUUAUGUUCAUUUGCCACGUAUUGAUUCAUCCGUUCAGCCAGUAGUUCUUGGAAGUUGUGAAGCUUUAGGUGAAUGGAAAGAACCAAAAGUACAACUUCAACAAAUUCCGAAUUCUACACUCUGGAAAUCUAAUCUUGUACAAAUUCCUAUUGAGGAAACUGCGGAAGUAUCUUAUAAAUAUGGCAUGAUAAUUAAAGGUUUUUUUAAUACGACGAUCGAAUUCGAAGGCUUUACUAAGUCAAAUGACCGUAAAAUGGUAUUCAGAAAACAUCAAUACGACAUCUGGCAAGGUAAUCAGAAAUUUAAAAUCGACAGAGAAUAUCUUAAAGCAGACUUUCGAUUUGUUGAAUGUAUUUAUGCAAAUAUUGAAAGUAUUGAAAGCUUGAGAGACAGAAUUAUGGAUUUUCAAUAUAUAUCAAAAACUUAUCAAGAGUUCACAAUUUCUGCAACAAAUAUCAAGUUUAUUAAUAACAAAUUGAUUGAUAGCAAUAAGAAAGAACAACGAUUUUUCCUAUGCAUCCUUCUCGGAUAUUUACAAUCACAUCAUUAUUACACAGCUGCACAUUCGUUACCAGAAAGUUUUCAAUCUGCUAACUUGUUAGAAGAUCUUGCAAAUAUUGAUCCAGAUCUUGUUCUCUCUGAUAUUAAGUACUUAAUCCAAAUUGCAAUUAAAAUCCUGGUUCAGCAUAAUUCUUCUCAGGGUUCAACAUCAUGGUUUAGAAUGUUUUCUCUUGCUCCAAAACUCGAUAAAUCUUAUUUGUUUGUAGAAUCUGCUGAAUGUUAUGAUUUCAAAAAUAACAAUGAUCAGUUCUAUAUGGCAUUAAUAGAUAAUGUGAAACCUCAUCUUAAUGAAUUUAUUAACAAUCUGGAUGUAUUUCAUAGAGUUAUUAAGAAACUAAUUAACCUAACAUAUAAUAUGGAAAGCCUCAUAUAUUUAUGGAUUGAUAUUAUCGGAUUGGAGCAAACUGAUGACUUUUUGAGCAAACUGAUGAAAAGAAGGGUGAAUGAAUUCAUAAAAUCUGAUGAUCCCUCUCGAUUGAGGACGCACUUUGAUUUAUUUCCGGAUAAACUCCGAGAUACAAUUGCACCAGAGUUUCGGAAUAAAAUUGUAAAAUUAUUAAAAGACAGAGAUUUAAAAUGGCAAAAUAAAAAUAUCACUUGUUUUCAAGAUCUUAUUCGUGAUGAUUUAUUACAAUGGUCAUUAGAAGAAUAUGCCAAAGUACUUGAUGCAAUUUCAGAAUCAGAUCAAAUAUUAGUUUUAGAAACUUUCCCUGACGUUAUUAAACAUGUUUUGGAAAAAAAGAUUACGAAAAAAGGCGAAUCAGUUCUUGAAACUUCUGUUAAAUGGCUGGAAAAGAUAAUCGCUUAUCGAACCUCUAAAAUUGAUAAAAAAAAGGGUGCAGAUAAUAUCGCCCACAUCAUUUUUUAUAAUUUAUCGUUAAUAUAUCCACUAUUUUUAAAUUACCCUAAAUUUUGUAAUAAGCUUAAACUUAUUGCUGAUAGAUCUGCGGGUCCUUUGUCUGAUGAUGUUAUACUCUCUGUUGCAUCAUAUGUUGAAGAUUUUGAUAUUGAUGUUAUUGAUCACUUUAGUAUUUUGCUAAAAUCCAGAAUUGAACAUAGUAUUCAAGAACCUGAUAAUCAACUUUUGAAAAAGAUUUUGCAAAUAUGCGAUUGUACUACCGAUCUAACAAUAAACAGCAGCUUUUGUGAGGAUAUAUUAUGUUUAAUAUUAGAUCGUCUACAACAAUUGUCUGACAAAAAACUCCAGGAUAGAGUACUCCUUUUACGUUCAUCAUUUCGAUUCUCUCAAUUUUGGACAACAAUCUUUCGAGCAAAGGGUAACACGAAAAAAUUACAUUCUCAUCUACACGUUCAAAAUGUACGAAAACACGCAGUUCGCCUUGCAACAUCAAUUGUUGACAGUACAAUCACAGUAGGAUUGCUUCAAGAAUUACUCGAACAUUCGGGUCAUAAUAAUGAUAUUUUGAUAAAUUAUUUUAAUUCCGCAAUAGAAAAUUUACCAGAAGAUGCUACUAUAAACCUUGCAAUUACUGAUGGAAUUCUUAAUGAUCUACGUCAACAAUAUCAUAAAUAUCAGACAACAUUUACACAACUUACUAAAUUUUAUGACCAAUUUUAUCCUCCUGACUUGAUAGCUGGCUAUCAUGAAUAUCGUGAUGAUUUAUUAAAAAGACAAAAUGAAAUUAAUGACGUUGCUCUUGAAGAAACUACUUCUCAAUAUUAUUGGUCAAUUCAUUGUGCAACAAUUGAUGUUAUGGAAAAAUCUUAUAAGUUUGUUGAAUCACAAACUUUUAACACGGUUUUUCAAACUGUGUUAAAGGCAGAAGAACGACCUCUGACUGUUGAAAUCGUAACCACUGAGUUAAUUCAUGUGGCAAUUGAACAAUUUGAUAUUAUAUGCAAAAAAUAUGAAAAUUGGGAAGAUAUUAAAUGUUCUGAAGCGAGUAUUAUCUGGCAAAAUGUCGAUUUAAAUGAUGUAGAAUCUGAAAUUUCUUUCAUAACUCCAAAUUGUGAUAGAUUUACACAGUCUUAUUCCAUUAAAAAACGAAUUCAAGACAAAAAAUCAUUAAUUUCGGCUGCAAAUUAUUUAGUUAGCAUGUAUUCAUUAAAACAGAAAUUAAUUAAUCUUUUAACAGUUUUAGAUACUUUAAAAAUACCAUAUAGUCAAAGACUUUGGGCUAAAAAAGGUUUUCAAUCUUUAGAAGAAAAAGAAUUAAAACUUAGUCAAUUGCAAGCUAUUAUCGUGGAACUAGAAAAAUUUAUUGAUAAAUUCAAGUUAGAAAAAUGUUGGCCAAUAAUUAAAGAAAUGGCAGUUUCAAAAGAUUUUCUUGUAUUUUUACAAUCACUUGUAGGGCAUGAUCUAAAAAAUUUAAUUAAUGGUGUGGAUGAUCAUUCAGAUGAACGUUUAAUACAAGAAGAUACUGUUUCAACUUUUAUUCGAGUAAAACAAAUUAUGGAACCUUUGGUAGUUAAAAGUGAAGAUUCUGCUGAUCAGGCUGUAGACAAAUUUUUGAGAAACCUUUUUAAUGUAAUAUCUAAAAAUAAAUCACUUGAUAGCAAAUUAAGGCUAUGUAACGCACAUGCUCAAGCGUUAAAAAACAUGUACGAAAAUAUUUCAAAUAGAGGCGAAGUAACUAAGGAAAGGAUUUACUAUGCAGCAACGAAAGGUAUCUACACCUUUCAGAGAAUUGAAGGUGAUGAAUAUAGAUGUACUGCAACAUUAUCUUAUCGGUCAAAUAACACACGUGAUGGAAAUACAUUAACAAAGUAUACCUUCAGUGAUCUGCAAGACUUACGUGGACGUGCUCUUUUAAUUGCUAAAAGCCCUGUUAACGCGAAGGAAUCAGAAGAUAGUAAUAGGAGUAGCGAGAUCUCUUCUUUCCAUAUGAAUGAAUUUGUUAUCCAAGUUGACAUUGCACAACAGAUAAUUAACGUGUCUUCACAGCUUGUAGAACUUGGCCAUUUUAAUUACCGUGAUUUUAAAGUGUCAACAAAAUCUACUCAAGAAAGUAAUGAGUUAUUACAACAGUUGAAUGAAAAUUUACAAGAGUGGAAGGAUAUAGUUAAUCAGGCACAACAUGACCAUUAUUAUUUGACUUUCUUUUUAGCUCGACAGAUUUUGAUUUUUUACGAUUAUUUUUCUUUUUCAUCAAAGGAAAAGAAAGAAAGUAACAAAGAUAAAUGUAGAAUGCUCUUACGAUUGGUCAAUGACGAGGCUGAGUUACCACUAAUGACAGAUGAAUAUAUCGACAGUACUGAUCCUCACCUUGAUAUACUUCGUGGAAUCGGUGAAAAAUUAAGUGAGAUCUUUGAGGUCCCGGCGAAAAAACGACCAAUAACGGCAGAGGUUGAACAAAUAGUUUCUGAUGUGGUUAUUCCGGGACAACUUUUUGUUGCAGCAUGUACUGAUAAAUUUAGAGUACCAAAUAUUAUAAUGAGUUUAUAUGCUGUUAAUCUAAAUAGAUGUUAUCCAGAAUCAUGGCAAUUAUUGAUUUGUAAAGCAUCUACUACAGCAGAAGAACUCUUAAUUUUUACUAAACGAUGUUUCUUUGCAAAAAAAUACAAUUAUGGCGAUCAAUUAUUCGUCAUAGCCAACGUGGAAAAUCUUGAUUUCGAAUUGCAAUAUCAAUUAGUAACACAUAUACGCUCUCUAUCUCUCCAAGAAAAUCAAUUUAAUUUAGCGUUAAUAUGUUGCCGUGAACAUGGCAUGCAUCAUCAUAUACUUGAUCAAUUUUUUGAAUAUGUUCAUAUAACUAAUGGACUUAAUGCGAAUUCAAUGCGAAAUAUAUAUAAAGAAUUAUGUCCAAAUGUAUCAACUGUUUCUUCAGACUUGUCUGGACAAGGAAAAACAGAAUGGAUUAAAGAAUCUAGUUUUAGAAAUGAUUUAAUUCCACGAAGUAUUUUAAUAAGUGAUGGUGUUACUUUUGAAAAACUUGUUAGACAAUUAUCUGAAACUAAAAUCAAGGAAUUUGAAAGUUUACAUCUUAAUAUUGUAUUAAUAGAUCACGCUUAUGAUGUGAAUAUGUUCUUAUUUGAAUUAUUAACAUUUAGAGUCGUAUCAAAUGGAAUUAAUAUUGCUUUCAUUCCGUCAACAAAAUUAGUAUUUAUAGAAGUUGCUUCUACUAUAAAUCAAUAUUUGUUAAAUUCACUGCCAAUUACUGGGUAUUUGGCAAAAACACAUUUAACAUGGAAUAUUAAAAAACUUGCCAUUUCUUAUAAUUAUAAUAGUCCAAUUCAAAUAGUUGCUAAAUACUUGGAUGCAUAUGAUCAAGAUUUAAUUAAUCAAGAAAAUAUCGAUUUUAUUAUACCUGAAAAUGAGGAAAUUAUACCUGAAGAUGAGGAAAUUAUACCUGAAGUUGAGGAAAUUAUAUUUGAAGAUGAGGAAAUUAUACCUGAAGUUGAGGAAAUUAUACCUGAAGAUGGCGAAAUACUUCAAAUAUCACAAGAACGUUGUCAAGAACUUUUUCAAAAAUAUUUUUUCAGGAAACAUACACAAGAUGUUACUUCAUAUCGUUUCCUUGAAAUAUUUAUUAAUGUUCUUGCUGAUCAACUAGUAAGAUUAUCAUCAAGUACAUUUUUCAGAAUAGAAACGUUACGUGAGAUGGUAGAGGAUAAAAGUGUUAGAAAAACUUUAUUAGAAACAUUAUUAGAUGUUUCAAUUGAUUUUGCAACUCGCUCUGUAGAGUCCAAAGCAGAGCAAUUAAAACAUUUACCAGAUGCAGAGAAAGCUAAUCUAGGAACAAUUAAACAUUGGGAAGAUUCAAAUCAUUUAUUAGUAUUUUUCAUGUCACAAACACCUGACUCAAUUUGUGCACUUUAUCGUGACAGAGAAAAAGUACCAGAUGAUGUUGUAAACUUGUUAAAAAGUCAAUAUGUUGGAACUGGAAAUCAAGCUAAAGGAAAAGCAACAAAUUUUCUAGAUGAUUUUGAUACAAUGCAUCCUGAUGAAAUUCUUAAAAAAUUAGAAUGUUUAGCACGUACUACCCUUGAUAAACGUGAAUAUCCACCGUACGCGCUUUCUGCUGAUAAUCUUUUGAAAAUGGCAUUGAUUCUUUUACGAGCUCGUGCUAAUGUACCUGUGGUCUGUUGUGGUGAAGCUGGAUGUGGCAAGACGAGCCUGAUCCAAUUUUUAUCGAUUGUAGUAGAUGUCGAGUUUAGGGCCCUUAAUUUGCAUGCAGGUGUUAAAGAACAAGAAAUUUUAGAUUUCAUGUCUGAUGCUGAAAAAUUCGCUGAUACUGGGCCAAUAUGGUUAUUCUUUGAUGAAAUCAAUACUUGCAAUCAUAUUGGAUUACUUGCUGAACUUAUAGCACAUAGACAAAUUCAUGGUCGACUAAUUCACCCUGACAUAAGACUUUUCUCUGCAUGUAACCCAUAUCGUUUACGACAAAAAAGUGAUACACAGGCAGGACUUUCAGCAAAAAGAUAUGAAGAACAAAGUAAUUUAGCAUAUCAAGUCCAUCCUCUUCCUGAUCAAAUUAUUGAUUAUGUAUGGGAUUAUGGUGUAUUAAAACCAUCUGAUGAAAAAAUUUAUAUUAGUAUAAUGGUUAAUAGGCAUUUAGAAAAAUCGUCAGAUUUAUUCCCUGAACUAUUAUUUGCUUCACAACAAUUUACACGGAUUCAUGAAGGAGUACAUAGUGUUAGUUUACGUGAUGUUAAACGUGCAAUAAUUCUUGUUAAAUACUUUAAUAAGAGUUUAAAAAAUCGACCACGGCCCAAUGGCUCAUACUCAAAGGAAUAUCCUUCAAGAAAUGGACCAGAUGUUAUGGUUAUAUCAUAUAUAUUGGCCUUGAGUCUUUGCUACCAAGUUCGAAUUUAUGAUCAAGAAUUGCGUGUAGCAUACCGCAAAAGGAUUUGCGAUGUAUUUAAUCAGAAUAAACCGAGGUCAAUUAAAACAAAUAUGACACCAGAAGGAUUUACAAUGAUUAUUAAAAAUGAACAAGAUGAUUAUAUGAAUAGAAUGACAAAACCGCCACAAACUGCAGGGAACGAAGCUCUACUUGAAAAUGUGCUUACGAUGAUAGUUUCUAUAUUUACAAAAAUACCAUUAUUUGUUGUUGGAGCUCCGGGAGCAUCAAAAUCGUUAGCGAUUCGUUUAGUUAGUCAAAAUCUUCGAGGUUCAUCUUCAUCCACUUCAGAUGGAAUUAUUAAAGUUUUCCAAAAAGCGGAAAAAUACCAAAAAACCAAUUCAAAAGAAUUUCCUUUAAAUACUGUAGUUUUACUUGAUGAAGUCGGAUUGGCUGAGACCAGUCCUUAUAAUCCGUUGAAGGUAUUACACUCAUUACUUGAACCGAGUUACCCUAAUGAACUUCCAAAUGUUUCUGUUAUUGGAAUAAGUAACUGGAGGUUAGACAACUCUAAAUCUAGUAGAGCUUUAUUAGUUCAAAGGUCAGAUUUAAUCGAUACAGCAGAGAGACUGCUUCAAAAGAAAGCAUGGAUGGUUUGGGGUAAUAGAACUGCAAAGCUUAAAUCUUUGGCGAGUUCUUAUCUAAGAUAUGAAAAAAAUCAAUCAAUCGCAAAUUUUCAUGGACUUCGUGAUUAUUAUUCAUUAGUUAAAAGUCUUAGUGACGGAGAGAUUACUAUAGAGUCCACACAGAUGGCAUUAGCAAGAAAUUUUGGAGGAAUGAAACAAAUGAAUAACCAAUAUUUAACUCAUUUCAAAGAAGUUAUAGACAGUUUCCAUAGUUCAUUAUUCGGUAAUUUAGCCAGCAACUUAAAACCGAUUUCAGUUGAAGAAUUGAUAAAAGCAAACCUUAAGGAUAAAGAUGCAAGACAUUUAAUGAUAAUUGGUAAAAGUGAUUCAAUUAUUAAUAUCUUGACAUAUAAAUUGAGACAAUGGAGUAAAGAGUUCUCAAAGAAGACAGACAAUAAUAUAAUUCAAGAGAGGGCAGCUUGGGAUUUAGAACCGGUAGUUAUUUAUGGAAGUCAAUUUCCUGAUGAUUUUGAUGGAGAUUAUCAAUAUGGAGUGUUAAGUCGCAUUAUGAUGUGUGUGGAAGCUGGAAGACCUUUGAUUUUAACGGAUCUUGAAAUUAUAUAUGGAAGUCUUUAUGAUUUAUGGAAUCAGAAUUAUAUAACUGUUGGUAAAGAAGGUGAUAUCAAAUACUACACACGCGUUGCAUUAGGCGCCUAUUCAAAUCCUAUGGUCUGCGUGCAUAGCAACUUCCGUUGUAUAUUGGUACUUGACGAGAAAAAAGUAUCACUUGCAGAUCCACCUCUUUUAAAUCGAUUUGAAAAACAAAAUAUGUCAAUUAAUGAUACAUUAACUAAUGAUAUGAAAGAAUUAGUAGAAAAAUUAUCUGAAUGGGUUAAACAAAUAUCAAGUCUUAACGAAGAGAAUGGCACAUCUAAAUUUAACGAACGUGACAUGUUUGUUGGAUUUGAUGAAGAAGAAACAUUGCAAAGUUUAGUGAUCUAUAACAGUAAUUCUAAUUUAGAUGAUGAUGUUAUUCUGUCCAGAUGCAAAGAGUUGUUAAUAGGAAUUGCAACAUCAGAUGGUGUUGUAAGAUCAAAGAAAUCAAUAUUGGCACAUACAAAUAGCGCCGAUGUUCACAAAUGGUAUAAUUUCUACUUCCAUGAACAGAAACAUGAUGAUCUUAAUACAUAUAUUCAAUUAUUGCUUGAAAAUUAUGAUACUAUUGAAAAUAAUGAAAUCAUUGAAAAUAUCGAAAAUAUUGAAAAUAAAAAACAAGGUUUCCAAAUUAUAGUCAAUACAUUUUCAAAUAUCAAUACUGAUAUAACUUCAUGCUUAGACAAUAUUCUUACAUGUCAGAUUGAUAAGAUUUCAACAUUUAAAUCUGAAGCUCAAUUGCAAAAUAGAAUCAAGCAUUUCUGGUUAGAAUCGGAUAAAAAAAUAUUAAUACUACAAUGUGACUUGGAAACUGUUAAUUCUGGAUGUAUUAAACUUGCAAAAUUCAUUAUUGAACAAUAUAAAUAUGAAUUCUUAUCUUUAAAUGUAGAAAAUCCAAAACCAUUUAAACAUGUCUGUAUUAUUCUUCACAUGCGACGUGAAAAUGAUAUACGCACUAUAUCAUCAUUCAAUUUCAUGUCUGGAUGGGAUUUAGUUACAAUUGAAACUUUGUCUCCUCAAAAACACCCUCUAUACGUUUAUUUGGAUGGAAGCUUAAUGAAUAUACUUGAGAAUACAUAUACAUUUGAAGAAGUUAUGCAUCAAGAAUUAUUCUGGUGCUUACUAUGCAUGCGAUUUCAGUCUUCAACCGAAUCUGUGGACUACAUAAACUCAUUUGAGUGGUUAAAAGAAAAUACGCCUGAAAAUUGGCAAUUACAAAUUGCAAUGAAUAAAACGAAUCUAUACUUAUAUUCAUCAUUUUCAGUCGCACUUAAAACAUAUAUAAAUUAUCUCGUUAGAAAACCUAUUGCUAAACUUCUUUGUGCUUUAGAAAUGUCAUCAGGUCUUUCAGUACUUUUCAAUAAUGAAUAUAUGAACUGUGAUGAAUUAUACGAUGAUUUAUAUGGUGACGAACAUUCGGAUGGUUCUGAUUUACUCGAAUUUUGGAAAAACAUUUAUAUGGACCCUAAAAUUAUCAACACAGAGAAUCUGCGAGAUCCUAAACCAGAUGCGUAUCCUAUAAGAAAUAAAAAACUUUAUGUAAAGUUUCCUUUCUCAUUAUAUUUUAUGAGACAGAUUGAUAAAUUCAAAAGAUUAUAUGAAGAAGAUUUAGCAAUGUUGGAAGGAAGUGAAGAAAAUUUAGAUGAGGAAACUGGUGAACUUGAAACUUCUGUUGUCGAUGCUUGCAUGGAAAGGUUUUUCGCAAGCAUUAUAUCUACAGUUCCAGCAUUAAAGUUACCGAAAUUUUUCGAAGCAGCAGAACCUUAUUUCAAAGAUUUUGUAGAUUUUGUCUCACCAACUUAUGGAAAUAAUUCAGAUCAUAAUUGUAGAUUCUUGUCAUGGAUUAUUACUCAUCACAUGGGUCUACAAAUACCUAAUCCUGUUAAACUUCAUAUGUAUUGGUGGAAGAAUGCUGAAUUUGCACUAGCUGAAUUACAAUUAUCAAUAAUGUGUCCAACAGUUAUAGAAGAGAUGAUUGAAUUUGGAUUUGAAGAGAGUAGAGAAUUGAAUUUUGAAGAACGUUUAUUAGACCAAAUAUCAAAAAUGAUGAUAGGAAAACUCUAUAAAAUUGAUGUAGAAAAUAUUGAAAAUGAACUUUUAACAUGGCAACAUGAUGUUGUAAAUAUUAUAUCAUUAUCGACAAAAUUACCAGAUUCUUUUGAAAAUCCAGCAAUGCAUAGACUUCGAAUAUAUAAUGAUCUUUCAAAAUCUUUUGAUUUGCCAAAACUUUUAGAAAUUCAAGAACUUGAAGAUGAGAAACAAGUUAUUUCAGAACAAUUUAUAGAUAUGGUCUUUGAAAGAUUUAAUGAAUUGCCAAUUACAGAAAACAAUUUAUCAUCAAGACGAUCGUUUAUUCACAGAUGCCUAAGCAUAUUGCCACUUGAAUCACCUAUUCGUCUUCACCUUUACAGAAAAGUAUUUUCUCAGGAUCCUUUGCCUUUAACCUUCCCGACAAUUUAUCGUAUCUUUCAGAUGGAAUAUGAUGAGCAAAAUGAUUUAUUCAUUGACUUAAUUAAUGACCCACAUGAAGCUUUAGAUGAAUCUGAACGUUUACAAGUAAUCGAAGAAGUUUUGAGUGGAAAGCAUCCUGAUUCAGAGAUAUCGGCUUUAUGUUGUGAUGUUAUUCAAACUCAAUUCUUUGAUGCUUUCUAUGAAUUUAGACAAUUAUCACAAUAUUUCACGAUUGCAACAGAAAUUCUGAUUUCCACUGAUGUUAAAACGUUGCAAAGAAUAUCAGCUAUCGCUUUUUUGAAAUCAUUUGUAUAUAAAUUAUGGAAAUCUACAACAUCAACAGAAAAAUUUUUAACUGACCCUAUAGAAUUCGAAUUUGAUGAAGAAGAAUUCAAUAUUGAUGACUUAAAUCGACGUUUAGGAUUGACACAACCUUUAAUUCAUUCAUUUAUGCUCUACUUAUUAAAGACUUUACGAUUACAAGGAUUUUCUAUUGAUGAUAUUAGACGAUUUUGUGAAGUGCAACAACAACUCAUACCACAUCUUGGGGAAAUUCCGUGGGAUAAUAAAGAUACUCGAUUUGAUUAUAAUCCAUAUUGGUGUAUGGAACAAUAUAAACACGCUGAACAUGCAGCUACAAGAAUAAUGGUUCGUGGAGAUGAUAUUCAUUUGAAAGAAUUAAUAAAGACCAUAUUAAAUCCCAAUGCAGAAGGGAUAAUCAAUCAUAGAAUUUCAUUUGCAGGAAUGUUAAUAACAAGACUUUAUUUAAUUCAAGCAAGUCGUGAAUGGAAUCAAAGUGAAACAUUAUUAGCAAAUCAUAUAAACAAGUUUUUAGAUAAUAAAUCGGAUAAAAAUCGUAUUCCUCCAAUUUAUAAACAAACUUUAACGAAAUUUGUAACAAACAAACAAGAACUUUGCAAAAUUAGUCCCGAAGAUGAUAAUAGGAAAGCUUAUAUAGCUUCAGUAAUUGCUCAUGUAAUUGCAUUACAUAUUUCGGUUCCUUCAAACUCUUCUCCAUUGGCUAUGUAUAUGCAAACUUUACAAGAUUGUAAAAAUGAUUUUAUUUUGGGAUGUCCUUCAGAUGAACAAACAGUCAUAAUUAAUGCAGUAAUGUUGUCUAAUAAUGCUGAUAAACGCUUAACAAGAUAUCAAUGUCAAUGUGGGUAUAUGUACUUGGUUGGUGAAUGUGGAAAUGUGACACGUGCUAGUAGUUGUCCAAAGUGUAAAAGCAUCAUUGGAGGUCAAGCUUAUGACAGACCUGCACCAGGAAAUUCUCGUUUAGAUAAUAUACCAUUAACUCAACCAAAGGACGCUGUGGAUCAACGAGGUUAUAUUAUAGAAGCACAAAAUACAGAAGACUUUUAUAGUAUUCGGUCAAUGACACCAGCAUCUUAUAGAAUAAUUCAUCUUUUUACACAUGCUAUCAUCGGAAUACAAGCCCCAUCUCAAAAUGUCACCAAGUUCAUAAAAGGUAAUACGACAAGUACUCUUGGAGAAAAUGAUAUUGCCGAAUUUUGCACGAUGCAUAUUAGUAGUGAUUGGGAUGCAUUGAAAAAAAUUCUUGCAUGUGGUGAUGAACAAUUGGCUUUACUUUUACAUGCAAUUAUUUCAGAAAUGACGCAACAACCUUUACAAGCACCAGUAAAAUUGAAUACAUCCAAUGAAAGAGAAACAUGGGAACAACAAUUUAGUCAAAAAUAUGUUUCACCAUUAGUUAAAAAUGUUAUGGGAUCCGUAACAGAUUUUCGUAUGCAAUUAGAAAUAAGUGCUGUAAACGCUCAACCAAAAAUUGAAGCAGAGAUUAAUGAAAUGGUGGCAUUGAAUGACCUUUAUGUUUCAAACCAUUUACCAAGAUUAUGGCGUCUUAUUGGUGAAACAAAUUUUGAUAAUUUCCGAGCUCAUUAUUCUAAUAAUGCUGAAUAUAGGGAAUCUUACCCAUUCUUGGCAGUAUUUUUAAAACAUGAAAAAUAUUUAUCACUUAUACGAUGCCUACUUCCAAUUGUGAAAUUCGUUCAGAUUUUACAUACAAGUCUUUCAUAUCGAAUUGACAGACAAGAAGCUAAAUCAUUAACUUUUAAAAAAUUUAUUGCCGAUGAAAGUGAAAACGACAAUACCGGUGAAACACGUAGAUUAUUAAAAAAUGCGUUUGAACUUUUUUCAGAUGCCUGGAAUGAAUUGAUUCCAUAUGUUAAAAGAUAUCAAUGUAAAGAGUUACCACACGCGAUGCCAGAAAUGAAUGAGAAUAUGAAUGUUAUUUUAGGAUUUUAUGAAGAAGUUAAUGAAGGCUUAUUCCUAUGUGGUGCCAUAGAUUACUUGGUUCAACUACAAAAUGAUUUCCUUAAAGAUGUCAUUGAAAUUCCUUCAGAAACAUGUCAAUCAUUAAAAUUCCUUGAACAAACGGUGGUUCAAACUAAUAAAAAAGGAAAACAGACAACUCCUACAACUCCUUCUGUAUAUCAAUUACAAACUAUUUCUCUUGAGAAUGCAAGGCCAGUACAUGUAAUCUCAUAUGAAUACAGUUCAGAUAUUUUCGGAUAUAGUCAUUUUGAUUUGAGAAUUGGUCAUGGUCGUGAAAUUCAAUACGAUUUAAAUAAAAUUGAAGCAGAGCUAGCUUUUGAUUUAGUUCAUGAAAAAGCAUUUAUCACUCCUAAUGAGCAAAAAUCUUAUUUGGAAACAUUCGUUUACCAUAAGGAAAUAUUUCAAGGAUCCAUGACAAUAUUAAGUGAAAUUAAAGUAUUAGUUGAUCAAGUACCUAUUCCUGAAGAUAAAAAAGCUUUGUUUGUCGGAACUUAUUCAUCAAGAGAUUACGGUGAAGGUAGUACUUCUAUGGUAACAUUCGCGUUUGAAAAUCCAAAGAAAUUGCUUUCCACAUUGGAAAUGAUACUUUGUUUCCUUAAACGUACUUCUGGUGGUGAUGGUAAUACUUUAAUCAUCGAUUAUAUAGAAAAUUGGAUGAAAUUAUCUGUUUUAAAAGAAAGUAGUAGUUAUAAAUUAUUGUCAAGAUCAGGUUUACAACUUAAGCAUGUAGUAGCAUUAUAUGAAUUGGUAGAAGAGCAUGUUGCCGGUGUGGUUGCUUCUUGUAUUCAUCAUAAAUACAUGGCUAAACUUAAUGAUUCAUUAAAGAAAGAAAUUUCUAAAGCGGUCGGUUUUGAAUCAUCAAAGCAAGGACAAACAUAUGAUGCCAAGUCAUGUAUUCCAGCUGGAGUUUUUGCCACUGCAUUGAAAAGAUUUAUUGUAAGGUAUUUAACUACUGGUGAAAAUAUCAAGGAAACAGAAAAUUUGGCAUAUUAUAUGGAAGGUUUGGAAUGUUGGCCUGACUCGGCAAAUAAGAAUGUUGUUAAAAAUAAAUUCCCUUCAGCAUUGCAUGUUUCGCAUACUUUUGAAACAUAUCAAUAUAUUAAAUCUAUUCUCGAGAAAAUUCGAGUUAAAGAAGAUGCUAGACCAAAACCAGGAAAGGAUGAUAAGAAAGGAAAAGAUGAUAAGAAAUUGCAUGAUAAGAAAGCAAAAGCUAAAUUUGAUAAAACUUAA